UUUGUUUGUUUCUGUCUCCCAAACAGUCUAUAACAAGUCUUGUAGCCUUAGACAUUCAGACUGAUCGUAUCACAUGGUUGAAGAUGUCUCGAAACCUUGAUGUAGUCGACUGGAAUCAAACAAUGAUUUUCAAUAAGCUCUAUAUGAAAUAUGAUGUUACUGCAUACUUUGAAAAGAUUCAUAAUUGCAUUGAAAACCUACCUAAGGCAAGUAUAUACACCCUGGAGAAUAAGACCUACCGCUACCCAAGUCUACGAGUCGUACCAUUUGUUGUCAGUCUGCGAACCAUCGAAUCAAUGUUGGUGACCAUGUUAAACCAUAACUACAACGUGGACAAAACUCAUCGUGUUUACACCAUCAGGCCCAAUGCCAUUAACAGACUCUUUAACCUGUCCAUCGGUGGUGAACGAGUGAGUGGGCAACACAUAUUCAGAGACAUCAUCAACCACAAAAGAACAUACUGUGACCUUGACGUAAAUAUAUCUAAGCCGCUCUCCGACCGCUUCUUCCAGUACGAUACAGUGCAGCAAGAAAAGAUAACCUGUUGCUUACUACAAGCUCUAUCAUUUUAUAAAUUAAUUAUUCUCAAUAAAUGAAUCUUUUAUUUCA